AUAAUGUACUGUGAUGUUGGUGGAAUCAAAGAUUAUCCCGAAGGACAAUAUGUUUCACAAAGAUGCAAUCUUAUUCAACCAAAGGAUGGAGAAGCGGAGAAUAAGGAUGAUCCAACAACGUUUUCACUGCAGGAUAGAACAGCUUUUUUGGCCUGGCUUCAUCAAAGGAAUCUGACGUAUUCCAUGUUCCAACGUGUUCGGGCCAAAACUGCUCCCUUCAAAUAUUUCAUUCCUUUCCCUAAGGACAGUACACUGAGUGGACGGGUGGUAAGCCUAGAUCCUGUAAGGAUGAAGAGAGGAGCCACUGCUGGAACUAUUAUUGUGGACAGUGGACUUAUCAACCUUGAGAACCCAGCUCCAGGCCAGCCAGGGGUCAAGGACAUGCAGGGAGUGAAGGUGACCUUUCAUAGAACCAACUUCUGGGUGUUUGGUAGAAAGAUGGCAAAAGCUGAUCUCACAUACCUGAUUCAACCUAAUCACAGGGUCCUGCUAGAGUGCUCAGAGAUUUCUCCACAGGAGAGAGAACAUUAUUCUACCCUACCAGCCAAUAUUCAAUACAGAGCAACUAUUGUUUGGGUCGGUCCUGCUCGUCCCCGGAAUGACCGUGAUGACCCAAACCGUAAUGACGUCAGUAUAUUCGACUGGCUCGCUAAAAGAGGUUUGAAUAUAUCUCAGUUUAAUAAACUUGUCGAAGGAGGGAUGCCACCACAUAAUCCAAUGGAGUUAGAUCACAGAAACUUCUACCUGCCGCCUGAGAAGGGAUCUGGGGGUCCAAAUACAGAAAUAAUGAAUGAUAUAGCAUCUCCUGAACUGAUGCCGGUGUUACGUCACGGACCUGUCAUGGCACACAUUCUGGACACUGCCAUGUCAUGUACAGGGCCCAGUGAUCCCCGUCUGUAUCACCUGUUAGAGAAUGACACCAUGGCCCAGGCCGCGCAUCAUGUCUCUGAAGCUCUAAAAUGUGCAAUCAACUACUACAGGGAGAAGAACACAACUAUUGGAGGCGGAUACGGCCCCCGGGGGCCUGGAGGGAUGGCCCCCAAAAGGGGGUUUGAAAAUUUCCGCGGUGCCCCCAAUAAAAGGGCGCGGAGUGGAUACGGAUUCCGCUGAAAUAUUCGGUGAAUGUUAUAAGAAACAAACAUUUUUGGACAAUUAUGUGUAGGAAAAAUCAAACAACAUUGUUUUUGGACCAUUUUUUCAUAUUGUGAUUUAAGGAUUUUUGGACUAAAUAUGUGUUUCUGUUACGCAUUUUUAACUUUGGCAUAGAUGUAUUUUGUGCCCUUAUUUAUUUUUUUUAUUUUUUCUGCAUUUGGUGUUUGCUUUAAGUUAAUAAUUUUCAGA